AUGGCUUCUCGUCGCUCUUCAAAGGGGGCUCACCCGCCACAACCGAUUGAGAGCCCGCUUACGCAGGACAGCGCCCAUGAACAGCAGCAGCAGCAGCAGCAGCAGCAGCAACAGCAGGAGCAGCAGCAGCAGCUCCACGAUGACCGACAACAGCAGUGGCAGGAAGGCUCGUCGGGGCAAGGGGAUUCGAAUGCUGCUUCCCCAUCCCAGCAGCCUGCAGAGCUAGGAGACACAGCAGCUGCGGCGUCUGCUGCUGCUUUGCGACCAUUUGCUGCACACCAGGGUGCGCAGCAGCAACUAGAGCUGCUGCAGCAAGCCCAAGGGACGCAGGGCAUGCAGGGCCCCGCUCACGUCCCGGGGCGGCCCUCCUUGGCUGCUAAGACUUCAUCUCUGCUGCAGCGGAAGCAACAGUUCUACAAAACGAAGAUGUGCCCAUGGUUCUCCCGAGGCCGCUGCGAUAGAGGCCCCAGCUGCCAGUUUGCACAUAAUACCUUAGAGCUGCGGGCGAGCCCAGACCUCCGCCGCACUUCUCUUUGCCCGCGUUUGAAGCAGCUUGGCCGCUGCAUUAACAGAGACUGCUCCUACGCUCACCAACCCCAGGAACUCAGAGCCACAGGGGAAGUCUACAAAACGGCGCUCUGCGUUAAGUGGCAGCUGGGCCGCUGCGCUGUGGGCAACCUCUGCCGACACGCGCACGGCCCCGAGGAAAUGCGUGGAGUCACAGUGGCGCCAGCAGCUGCCCCGAAGAAGGGCCUGACAGGUUCUGCAGGAGCAGCAGCAGCAGCAGCUGCUGCUGCUGCUGCUGCUACCCCUUGUGGUUUGGGGGCUCUUGCGGAGCUGGGAGAAGGGGAGGUGAGCAGCAGGAGCAGCUUGGGCAGCUCUUCGAGCAACAACAGCAGCAGCAACAGCACCUGCACUUCCUCUCCUGCUCCUUGCCAGUCUCCAUUCUCCUUCUCAGGGGGAGCGGCAGCGGGAUGUGCAGCAACAGCAGCAGCACUGCAGCAGGGGGCCCCCCAGGACAGGGAUCUGUUAGAUAUAGCGGCGCGCCAAGACAUGGAAGAUAAGGCUCAACAGGCAAUCCGCGGCCAGCACCAAACCGACAACAACCGGCAGCAGCAGCAGCAGCAGCAGCAGCAGCAGCCAAAGGGGGGGCCGAACUUCAUUCCAGGAACUGCGCCUCCCCAAACAGCAGUGGGGCCAUCCUGGGCUUUUGAAGGAGGGGCCCUUUGCCCAGACUACCCUGUACAGGCACCCGCGGUCAAUGCGAGAGAGCAGCAGCAGCAGCAGCAGCAAGGGCGACUUCUGGGGCAGCAUAACAAGACACUGGUGCAGCAGCGCCACCUCUCGGGACAGAAAUCAGCAGCUCUUCCGCCGCUCGCUCGGAAGCUGCCGAAAGGUGUGCAGCGACAGCUCAGGCAGCAGCAGCAGCAGCAACAACAACAACAGCAACAGCAACAGCAACAACAACAGCAGCAACAGUUGCUGCUGCUGCAUUCGCAACGCCAGGGACGGUAUAGCCAUAAGGAAUUGCAGCAGCAACAGCAGCAGCAGACGGCGCAAGGUCAUAGGCGGAGGCCUCUGCUGCAGCAGCAACAGCAGGUGCAGACAUCCCACCAACUGUACUCCUGGAUGCCGCGCCAGCAGCGGCUUCCAUGGGACGGCAUGCAGCAGCAGCGACAGCAGCAGCAGCAGCUGCCGCAGAACCAGCUUUGCGGGAGUCUUCAACAUAUUCUUUCACAACAACCCAGCCUACCCCAAGAAGCCGUGCUACUUCUGCAGCAGCAGCAGCAGCAGCAAACAAACGCAGGAGUAGUGCAGGAUGGCAUGUGGCAGCCAGACCAGCAGCAGCAGCACCCUCUACACCCACUGGCCCAAGACAGCGCUACGGUAUUUGAUAGGGCUCUUGGCGCAGACCCCGCGAAUUCGUUGCUGCAGCCUCUGCAGCAGCAGCAGCUGCAACAACAGCUGCAGCAGCAGCUGCAGCUGCAGCAGCAGCAGAGAACGGCAAAGGAUGCAACCUUCGGUCCGCAGCACGCACAGCAACAACAGCAGCAGCAGCCUCCUGCAUGGAAGGCGGAGAGGCUUUUGUCUCUGUGGGAGCAGCCAGAUGUUUGUUGGAGCGACAACAGCGAGAUGCAGCAGCAGCAGCAAGGGCCUGCAGCAGCCCUUUCGAGUGGUACUGGCUUUGUGGAUAGCUCUAUAUCAGACAGCCUGGUGCUUCUGCCUCAGCAGGGCAUGCAAGGUCCUGUCCGUGAGGGGAUGCACCCGGAGCAGCAGGAAGAGGAGCAGCAGCAGCACGGAGACCCUCUGGAGGUGGUGUGUGGGGGAGGCGGAGCAGCAGCAGCAGCAGCAGCGGGAGCAGGGGUAGGUGGAGCAGCAGAAGGGGACGGAGUGCAGCUGAUGUCUUUUGUAUCAGGAAGCGGAAGCAGCGGGGUACGGCCAGUGCCUCUGGAUGCCCCUGACUGCAGCCGUGCAUUUCAGGCAAGCGGGGAGAGCCCGUGUUCAAUAUUAUUUUCAGGGCCUCAGUUGUUUAACGUAACAGCAGAGGCAGAAUGA